AUGAAGAUCCUCCUCAUCUUCACCCUCUACCUGAUCUCAGACAGAAGAUCUAAAGUUCUCAGCGUGAGAAUCAGUGAUGUGAGAGAAGAUGAUGGCGGAGUUUAUUUCUGUGGAGCUGGGAUUGGAACUACAUCAGUCAUUUACAGCUCCUUCUUUACAGAGAUUCAGCUCCAGGUUUAUGGUCCAACUACGACUAUGAAACCAUCAACAGCCUCAACAACAACAUCUCCCAGAAGAACAUCAACGACAGCGUCUUACAGGAGCCCAACAAGAGCACCACCAACAACAGCAUCUAACAGGAGCACAUCAACAGGAAAAUCAGCAGUCACUGAUGAAGAACAUUUCAGUUCCUCUGUGAUCAUCAUCACUGUGUGUGUCUGUGUGGCUCUGCUGCUGAUUGGAGGAUCAGCACUGAUCUAUAAACUGAGAUGCAAGAAAACAGACUCUGGAUUUUUCAGCAGACAAUCAAGAACUAAUGAAAAAGCUGAUGAUGAUUAUGAAACUGAUCCACCUGAAAAUCGAAACAUUGUGAUGAGUCCAGUCUACCAGAGUCUAAACCCCAACACCAACCAAUCAGAUUCAGCCUACCAGAGUCUAAACCCCAACACCAACCAAUCAAAUUCAGCCAUUCAGAGACUGGAUCCUAGAACCAGAGAACCUGAUUCAAAUGACCACAGUCUAAAGCCCAGCUCCACUGAGAUUAGGUCUAUCAGUGCCUAG